AUGGGUCGAACUUCCAUCCUGUCCGGGCAGAACAGGAUUGGUUUCAAUAACAUUGGUGCAGUGUACACUCAGUGUUGGACAUGUCGGCGUCAAUGGAAGUUGGGCUCAGCUACUUGGAUCAUAGUUCUCUGUGUCAUUUGGAGCACCGGUCAACUUACGGCGCAUGAGCUCCCGUGCUGGACCCCAGUUGGUCAUAAUUUGACAUACCAUUUCGCACCAAAGUUUCAUGCAAUCAGACAGGUAGAGUCAGGAACACGUAACCUGCGGAUCGCAGUACACUACACCCAUGCACUCAAAUCAUUGGCCAACUUUCCAGCAAUAACGGAGAAACUUCUGCUUCCUGCAAUCAAAUUCUGGACCGAUGCACUGGCAGCCAAAAAUCCCCAGGUUUCCAAUCUGCUUUUCUCCCGGUAA